AUGCAGGCCGUCUUGGAUGCGCUGAAGGCCACCGGCGCGGCAGACCUCUCUGCUGCAAUUGAAGCCGUGUCAGCCAGCAUGUUCAAGAUCAAGGAGCUCAAGGGCCGUGAGAUUUUGGACAGCCGCGGGAACCCCACAGUGGAGGUGGACCUCAUCACAGAAGGUGGUGUCACUGUCACUGCAGCAGUUCCGAGCGGUGCCUCCACGGGCGUGCAUGAGGCCUGCGAAUUGCGAGAUGGAGACAAAGGCCGCUACUUGGGCAAGGGCGUCUUGAAGGCUGUCGAGUCUGUGAACACGGUCUUGAACGCAUCCUUGAAGGGCUUUGACGUGUCGAAGCAGAAGGAGCUCGAUGAUAAGAUGAUCGAGCUGGAUGGUACCCCGAACAAGAGCAAGCUGGGAGCCAACGCGAUUCUGGGUGUGUCAAUGGCUGCUGCCAAGGCCGCUGCGCAGGCCAAGGGCGUCCCUCUGUACCAGCACUUUGCCGAGCUUGCCGGAAACUCUCAGAAGCUCACACUGCCUGUCCCUUGCUUCAACGUCAUCAACGGAGGCUCCCAUGCAGGCAACAAGCUCGCCUUCCAGGAGUACUUCAUCAUCCCAGUGGGUGCGUCCUCUUUCAAGGACGCUAUGCGUAUCGGUUCGGAAUGCUACCACACGCUGAAGGGCAUCAUCAAGAAGAAGUUCGGUGGCGAUGCGACGCUGAUUGGUGAUGAAGGCGGCUUUGCUCCUCCUUGCGAUGCAAAGCAGGGCGUGGAGUUGAUCAUGGAAGCGAUUGAGAAAGCCGGGUACAAGGACAAGUGCAAGAUCGGCAUGGACGUGGCUGCCUCCGAGUUCAAGCAGGAGGGCGCAGACUGCUAUGACCUCGGCACUUGGUAUGCAGAAGCCGAGAAGACUCCCGAGCUCAAGAUGACUGGCUCGCAGCUGGCAGAUUUCUACGCAGAUCUCUGCGCCAAUUACCCACUCAUCACCAUCGAGGAUCCUUUUGAUCAGGAUGACUGGGCGGCGUGGACAGGCUUCACUGCAAAGGUGGGUGGACCCACCCAGGUUGUCGGAGAUGACCUCACCGUCACGAAUGUCACCCGAGUGAAGAAGGCCAUUGAUGACAAGGCCUGCAACGCGCUUCUGCUGAAAGUCAAUCAGAUCGGCACCGUCUCUGAGUCUAUUGAUGCCGUGAAGCUGUGCAAAACCAAUGGCUGGGGCGUUAUGUGCUCUCACCGAUCUGGAGAGACAGAGGACACCACUAUCGCAGACUUGGCCGUCGGUCUCUGCACUGGCCAGAUCAAGACCGGUGCUCCUUGCCGAUCCGACCGCAACGCCAAGUACAAUCAGCUGAUGCGCAUUGAAGAGGAGCUCGGUGACAAGUGCGCCUACGCAGGUGAGUCGCAGCGAGAGAUGCGAGACCGCCGCCUCGGUCCUGUCAAACCACUACCUGCGAAGCCACCUUCAGGUGGCGACCCCGAGGAAGUGCACAUCUUCGUCAUUGGAGACUGGGGCACCUAUCCAGGAACUGGACUCAACAUGCGAUCCCAAUGGGAUUCGAGUACAUGGAACACCGAGUGUUUCGUCGGCGGUCGCUCGCAGAAGGAGUGGGAGGAGGCAAAGAGGACCAACCGGAACAGUGCAGACAAGGUCAUGAACUCUUGGAACAAUCCACCAGGUCGUCCCGUAUGUGGGUCGAUGCAUAUUGAAUGCAGUUGGGCAAAAACCGGCGGAGGACGCUGCAAUCCAGACAAUGCUGCGUACUGGAGGGAUCAUUAUGCGCAGCAAAAUGUGGCGAGGGCCAUGACCGACCAAGCACGCAGCCGUAAAGCGAGCUUCGUCAUCAACACCGCAGACAACUUCUACAUGGGAGGAGUGGAGAGCACCACAGAUGACUACUGGAGCAUGAUGUUCGAGGAGUUGUACACGGAUGAGAGCUUGCAGAUUCCGUGGCUGAGUUCUCUUGGCAACCACGACUACGGGGGCCAUGAAUGCGACUUCUGCCUCUGGAAGACGACAAAAGGGGACCCGGGUCAUAGAAUCAGAAGGGGCAAGCCCUGCUCUCAGGCUAUGAUCGAUUAUGACACAGAGCAUGAUUGGCAAUGGCCCAAUCCAAAGACAGUGCGCUGGGUCAUGCCCAUGCAGGGCAACGACCGAUGGUACAUGAAGAGCUUCAAGUUCCCGAAGGCCAACGUCACAAUCGAUGUAUUUGUCAUCGACACCAACAAGGCACAUAUCCAGAGCCAGUGCAAAUUCCAUUGCCCGACGCAGUUUAAGGACAAAUGCGAGAGCUUCUUCCAUCAGCUGUGGAAGCGGCAGCGGGAAUGGCUGCUGCCGGCCCUGGAGAAGUCCGAAGCAGACUGGAAGAUGGUGGUUGGGCAUGCUCCGCCAGAAAAUUUCGAGGCCUCGAUCAUGGAAGAGAUGCGAGACCGUGGAGUUUCUGUGUACAUGGCAGGUCACGUCCAUCAGCUUCGCCAUGACCGUCAUCCAUCGGGGAUCGAGGCCAUCAUCUCGGGCUCCGGUGGCGGCUAUCAAUCGGCAGGGGGUGGAACUGCCUACACACUGCACCAGUCCCAGGACUACGGCUUUGCGACGAUGCAUGUCGAGCAACACCAGAUUUCUGUGGAGUACUUCAAUGACGAGGGCAAGCGGCUUUGGGAUCCGGUCGUGAUCCCGCGAAUCGACGUUGUUCAGGAGAGCCUCCUGAAAAAGCUGCGCGAGGCGGCCAUUGCCGGCCGGACAAUGGACAUGAAGGAGCUGAUCGGAAAGGCCAAGGAUCAUGGAGUAGACGAGAGCUUCAUCAAUUCUGCUGCACUUGCUGGUGUCAAGGCCUUCGAGGCCGGAGGAGGUAUGGCAUUUCUUCACAUGAAGCCAGAGAUAAUGAAGACAGGGGAGAGCACGUUUUCCGGCUUCUUGUCCUCAUGGACGACGGAAGAACGUCUCCCAACGGAAUGGACAACCUUGUUCUACCGUCAAGAUACAGGAGCCUGCUGUUCGAAAUUGCAGCUGCCACCGCCGCCAACAAAGACCACAGUGUUGUGCUAUCCGAGCCCAGCCAUCUGUACUCCGCAACAGAUGGCUGGCAAGCUCGCAGAAUCAGGUGCAGCGGCCAUGCUGCUUGCGAUGCAAAAGGACGACUUGAAGGCUGUGCAAGUCGAUGAGAACGCCGACCUUACCGAGGAGGAAGAGGGCAUGCCGGUGAUGUCUGUGCCACAGAGCUCCAUCAAAGAUGUGGGCUCUUGGUUGGGCAACCAAGAUGAAAAAAUUGGAAUCCUGCUCUUCGGCGGCAAGGGCGCUUGGCAAGCUGCCGUGGACGGCGCCAGGGACGCUGGAGUUUCCAAAGACGUGAUUGAGGCUGCAGUGCAGGAAGCGAAGCGACAGCGUGCCGAGGAAAAGCUUCAGGAGAUAAUGGUCGGUGAGGACAUCGGAAAAAUCCGAGAGGCACUGGAUGUGGCCAAGCAACUUGAAGCUGAGAGCGACAUCGUCGAACAGGCGUCACGGCGCUUGACAGAGCUCGAGCUGCAGGGAGAUUUGUCCAAGAUAGCUGACAACUGCAACGACAUCGAGCGUGUGCACCAGAUGAUCCAGCAGGCCGAGGUGCUGGAGGUACUUGGUACUGACGCAGCUUUGCAGUGCCGGGCGGACCUGGCCUUGAAGGGAUUGCAAGCAGCAGUUGACCUCGGUUCGAACUGCAAGACGCCUUUGGCGGCAGCAGUGGAAUGGUGCGAAAUUUCGAACAUCACCUCGGACGCUAUCGCCAAGGCUCAGGAGGAUUGCGCGCAGGAGGUGGCUGCGGCUUCCAAGAGGGAUCUCAUCAUAGCUGUGGCAACUGUGGCAGCUAUUGUGGUGGGAGCAGGUCUGUGUUUCGUCGUGAGCCGAAAGCGUCCGCAGGCACCAGCACGAGAAAGCCCCGGUGGCAUCGAAUUGCUGGACAACAACGCUUCGUGA